GUAGUUCAGUUGAGGGUUUGCCGGUUGACGGGUUGCCGAUCGACGUGGUAGUGUCGGUCCGUGUUCGGCUUGACUACGCUGUUAUGAGGUAUGUUAUGUAGACCCGAGUCCAUCAUUCCUUUUCUUCGUCGCCCCCAUCAUAUUCAACAUACUCAACGUGGAAUCGCACUUCUCGGUUAGCGCGUUAAUCGCCGUAUUGAAAGUAUGUCUCUUCAAGAGCAAAGUCUCUCUCCAGGCAGCCGACUUCGCCAGCUUCUUGCUACCGGCAAAACACUAGUCUGUCCCGGGGUAUACGAUGGCUUUUCAGCUCGUAUGGCCCUCGCUGCAGGGUUUGAAUGUCUCUAUAUGACAGGCGCCGGCGUGUCCAUGUCUCGGAUUGGGAUGGCAGACCUCGGUCUCGCCACGCAAACCGAGAUGGUCGAUACAGCCGGCAUGAUUGCCAAUAUCGACCCGAAGAUACCCCUAAUCGCAGAUGCGGAUACUGGGUAUGGUACAGCAACCAACGUCUUUCGAACUGUGGAGCGUUACAUCACAGCUGGAGUGGCCGGUUUUCAUUUAGAGGAUCAAGUUGUUACCAAGAAAUGCGGUCACUUGAAGGGGAAGGAGUGUGUCAGCUUGAGCGAAUAUUUGACACGAAUCAAGGCGGCCGUGGACGCACGCAAGAGGAGAGGAAGCGAUAUAGUGAUUAUUGCUCGUACCGACUCGCUGGCCACUCACGACCUCGAUGAAGCGCUUCGCCGGCUCAAGGCGGCGGUUGAAGUAGGAGCUGACGCAGUCUUUCUUGAGGCAAUAUCCACGAAAGACCAACUCGAGGCUUACUGCAAUGCAUUUCGUGGUUCUAAAGUGGCUACUCUUCAUAAUAUGGUACAAGGUUCACCACAAGCUUAUAAGAUCACACCGAAAGAAGCGGAACAGUAUGGCCUCGGGAUUAUGCUGUACCCAGCUGUAUGCUUAUUGCCAGCUUACCUUGGUAUUACUAGCGCUCUUCGAGCGCUCAAAGGAGGUUUGGUAGAAGAUGACUCUCAGGGAAUCACGCCAGCACAAAUCUUUCAGGUUUGCGGGAUGAACGAGAUACAAGAAACGGAUAAAGAAGUGAGUGAGUGGGUUCAGAGAUUUGAGGCUGAAAGUAAGCAGGAAUAAUGGGUAUAGCUAUAUUCAUCGUUACAACUAUACUUAAGAAUUAUGUCUUCGAAAAUACGAAAUUGCGCUUUGCAGCACCUCUGCUUGAAUAAGAGGUGCUCAAGACACCAAAGGCUAGUGGUAGAUCUAGCCCACAGUCUCUAGUCUUAUCAAAGGCUGUAAGUGGUGUCUGUUGAACAGCUCUAGCUUGGUAUUCUUGAGCAUUGCGUUUGUUUGUAAUUA